AUGAUGAGGUUGGUAUCUAAAACGUUCCCAUCCGUCAAGCUCCGCGAACACAACCUUAGCCCUAAAGCUCCGAACUUCAAAGAUCUGAAAGCUUCCCGAACCCAUAUUCCAAUUUCAUCAAGUUCAUCUUCUCCGAAAGAAAAAUCGAAGACCUCUAAACCCAACUCCUGGUCCGUUUAUCUCAUUCUCUCUACCAACGAACCCAUCAAAACAUAUGUCGGAAUCACCACCGAUUUCGCUCGCCGAUUAAAGCAGCACAAUGGUGAAAUCAGAGGAGGUGCAAAAGCCUCAAGUGCAGGAAGACCAUGGCUUUGUGCCUGCAUCAUCACUGGAUUCACUUGUCUAAGCCAAGCUUCCUCGUUUGAAUCUAAAUGGAAGAUCUUUUCUAGAAAGUUACCUCGGAGAAAGAAAGACGAGGAGAUGAAUCAGAGUGAUUCUUUGCUGCAACACCGGAGGAGAGCGUUGGAGAAAGUCCAGGACUCACUAGAAUGCACUCACCUUGAAACUGACUGGAGAAUUAUGACCAGGUAA